CCCCAACUCCCAAAUUCCCACAGCUUCACCAGCGCCAUUUCGCCUCCUCCGUGUCUCGUCGCUCCCGCCGCUCCCGCCGUCCACACCAGCCCUCAGCACCCGCAGCAAUGGCGCCGCAAAGCAAGGACAUGCGCCGGCCCGACCUGAUCGUCCCGUAUCAGGAGCCCGCCGCCGCGGGCGACAAGCCCGAAUUUGCCUCGACACUGGCUUCGACCAUGCCCAUGGCGGCCAUGUUUACGCGCAACAAGUUUGUGGGCUGGGCCGCCGUCGUCUUUUCCAUCCAAAGCUUCCUGGGCGAGAGCGACGACUCCAAGAAGGGCUCGAGCACGCCCGGCUACUUUUCCAUUCUCAUGUCCGUCAUGGCUCUGGCCGUCACCUACCUGCCGCUGUUCCUGCCCCCGAGACCUGGCAUGGCCGGCUCGGCCCCCGAGGCCCCCGCCCCCGUCCCGCCGCAAUAAGAGCUGGACAUAUGACGUCGAGGAUACCGACAGGGCGUGUCGUGGCUUUGGUUGGAGUGUGCGAGACUAGUGACGGCCUGCGAGUGCCGACGGACGGGACCUGUACUAUCACGGUGUAUGAUGGCAGCGAGUACAUCAAGGACUCAACAUGGGGUGGACGCUUUAUGGAUAGUAUCCAAACUGAACAGUAUUAUGUCAGCCUAAGCAGUCGCAUUUAAAAUCUGGGCGCAUGAAUUGCACAGCCGGUGGUACGACUGAUUGAUGGAGAGCAUCCUCUCGGAUGGCUAGCUGUAGUCGGGUCCACCACCACCACCGCGAGCAUCCGGCCGAGGGCACGCUCUCGCGGCUCGUCUCGUUCGCGCGUCUGGCAGCU